AUAAAAAAAGUACUACAUAUUGACAAAAGUUUGUGAAAAAUGAGAGAAUAAUGAGAUACAAUAUAGAACUAUGAGUGGCAGUUAGUUGAUUUUAUGAUUAAAAAAUGAGCGACUAUUGAUUGUAUUUAUGGUGUGAUCGAUGUUGCAGUGAAUAUAAUCGUUAAUAAUUUCUUCUUCAUAUUUUCUUAUAGAUUUGAUUAGAAAAUUAAAUGACGGUUUGUAACUUUUUUCAAAAUCGUAUUUUAUAAAUGUUGCGUACAAAAACACAUUGAUUAUAAUCAUAACAAAUUUGUCGAUGCCUGUUUUCCAAAAGUAUGAAAUUAUUUACCUUCGUAUGAUUUCUAGAGAAAACAUGCCCGCCAAUGGAGGUAAUGAUAGAGGAAGAAUGAAAGACACGGAUCCGCUGCUCGAAGCGCUUGAUAAACUCGGAUAUGGGUCCAGCUUUUUAUGGAUAAUAUUCAUUUUUACACUGACACCGACGAUAUUCAAUGGGAUGCACUCCAUGUCUUAUAUCUUUAUUGCCGAAACUCCCACACAUUGGUGUGCAAUACCAAGUUUGACUGCCGCGAAUUGGACGGACGAAGAAAUAAGAAACAUCUCAUCGACCACUUCAUGUACUAUGUACGAUUAUAAUUAUGAAGACUUUGCGUAUAUUGGAUUCGAGAAAGCGUUAGAAUAUAAAAUGUCGAAUCCUCUACCUAAGUCGAUUUCCUGUGAAGUAAGGAGUUUCGCAAAUGAUAUCGAUGGAACUUCUCUCGUGCAAGAUUGGGAUUUGGUGUGCGACAAAACCGCGGCCCGUUCGAGCACGCACAUGGCUUUGUCCCUUGGAAAAUUAUUGGGUAGCGCUUUGUUCGGAGUCAUCGCAGAUAAAUAUGGGCGAAAAAUCUGUUACGUUAUUGGAAUAAUAAUGUUAAUCACCUCUGGUCCAGCUGGUGCGAUCGUGCCGUGGUAUUGGGGUUUUAUAAUCUCGAGAGUAGUUAACGGUGCUAGUCAUGCAGCCAUACAGUAUUCGUCUUUCACAACACUCACAGAGGUAGCGAAUGAAAAACACAGACAAUGGAUGGGAAUUGCUUACAACGUUGGCUAUGCCACAGGGAUAGUAAUUGUGCCAGGUGUAGCUUAUUUGCUACACGAAUGGAGAUAUAUUCAAUUAGCAAUAUCUUUGCCGGCUUUGCUUUUGCUAAUACAUUUGUGGCUUAUGCCAGAAUCUCCACGAUGGCUGAUAGCUCACAAUCGUCGACAGGAGGCGAAGAGUUUAAUCGAUAGAGCAUCUAAAGGAAGUCCUGAUGCAGAAAUGAGCACGUCAUUGACACCAACCAUACGAAUACAAGAGUUAAAACAAGAAUCGAAGGAUUCCAAAGAAGGAUUGCAUAAAAGUAUCAAAGGAUUUUGGGUGCUUCUUAGCAAUAGUGAAUUACGAAAGAGGAUUCUUAUCACGAAUUUUACUUGGAUGACAGCUUCUCUGACUUAUUACGCGUUAGCGUUAAAUGUGAACAAUUUCUCAACAAAUCGGUACAUUUACGUGUUGGUAAUGGGUCUAACCGAAAUACCAGCUUAUUUGAUACCGACACCGAUUCUAAUGAUUAUGGGACGACGUCCAGGAAGCGCAAGUUUAUAUGUCAUAGCUACGUUAUGUCUACUCUGUAUUCUCGCAAUUCCAACGACUGAAAGCGAUGUAAUUAUGACCGUAUCCUUAAUUGGUAGAUUCAGCGCGUCAGCUGCUUAUGGCAUCGUUAUUCUAUAUAGCUCGGAACUUUUCCCCACGGUCUGCAGAAACUCCGCGGUUGGUACGAAUUCUGCGAUGUCGCAUGUCGGAAGUGUAGCCGCGCCUUAUGUCGCUGAUUUAUUAGGAGCUGUUGUAUGGUGGGGACCAACGACUCUUUGCGGCGGCUUAGCUUUAAUAGCAAGUAUACUAUGUUCGAUUUUGCCGGAAACUCGGGGCAGGCCGUUAGCGAACACCGUCGACGAGGAAAUUACGGAAGAACGAGAGAACGUGUCGUUUUAUAACGCUUGCAAGACUCACUCUUCAAAUGAAGCAAGAUCAAUCUGUAUUUCUAACAAAAGUGUAACUGUGUUUUAAUAAAAGUAUUGUAUACCAGUAUACCAAA